AGCCUUGUGGCUCUCAAGCUCUGCCUUCAGCCGCUUUCCGUGCCCUCACCACUUCGCAAGACGCGACAUGGCUGACGUCAUGAGCAUGUCUCGGAAGCCCACGGGCAUGAAGGGCAAGGUGCACGACCUGGCCACCACUUUGCAGUCCCAGAACGAGGCCCUUGGCGUCGAGAAGGGCCACGUGCACAGCAUCAAGGCAGGCAACACCAACUCCUCCAGCGGCAUGCAAUCCCAGCUGAAUGACGUGAAGCGCUACUUCGGGGCUGACAUCCAGCGGAUGAUGCAGGAGUUCGAGGUGCAAUCAAAGCUCCAGGAAUCUGAGAAUGUCCGGCUUCAGCAGCAGGUGACGCAGCUGAAGGGUGAGAAGACCUCGGUGCACCAGCAGAUCAUUGCGCUGCAGCGCCGCAUCGAAGAGUUGGAAGAAGAGCUCGGCCAUGAGUAAAUUCACACUCGGCCGGCCCCGACGUAGUUGACACGGCCUUGCAAUAGCCCUCUUGC